CGUAGCACUACAUCCCCUUCAUACUCUUUUUCACAUAAUGCCGUUUACAUUCCACACGCACUCUGGACAGCAGCAAGUUGGCAAGGGCAUGCACACCAUCGGCCUCACAGAGCAUAUUCCGCGGUGUCGUCCCCAGGAUCCUACCUUGAGACAACCUUUUCCGCAUACGUCGCAGAAGCCAAAACGACUGCAGACAAAAUACCAGGACAGGAUUAAAAUCGUAAUUGGCUGCGAAACCGAGUACAUUACGCAGCUAGAUAUGGACAGGGCCAAGCAAGUGCAGGAGGAAUUCGGGCUCGACUACAUUGUCGGAUCAAUGUACGAGCAGAUUGUGGCCAAAUACAACGGCGAUCGCACGGCAGUGUUUAGGCGGUAUUUUGAGCUGCAGUACCAGAUGCUGCAGGCUCUACAGCCGACAGUGGUUGGGCACUUUGACUUGGUUCGUAUUUUCCAUCCUCGCGACCAGCCCGACCCGCUGCUGGCAGAUGAGGCGGUGAGAAGGCUGGCGGUGCGCAAUAUCGAGUACAUUGUGUCGUAUGGCGGCGUGGUGGAGAGGGAUCUGCUGCGGGAGAUUUUGGCGAGACGUGGCAGGAUCACAUUGUCGGAUGACAGCCAUGGCGGCAGCGACGUGGCAAUGCAUUACGACAGGCUUUAUGCAUAUUUGAUGGAGAUGCAGGUGCAGGACGUGCAUUGUGUCGGAACGGGUGGCCGGAUCGAGGUGUUUGCAGGGGCGAUGCAGGACGGGUUCUGGGCCAAGAACGGGUUCUGCGAAUGAGCAAGUGGGGGAGGCGACGUCACUCUUAGAACCUACUGGUGCUUUUUUCCCUACUGUCAAGGAGUACAACAUUGAGAACGGGAGGACAAGGCGAGAGCGCAUUUGUGAAUGGACUGUAAUUUUUUCUUGUACCUCCGUUUUUUUAUCGCGACUGUUUGCUCGCUUUUCCCCCCCCCUCUCUUAGUUCAAGCCCCGCACUCUUUUUCCUCUAUC